AGUUGAGGCGGGAGAGGCCGGGCUGAACCGGCUCGGCGUAGCGGGACUCCGGACUACAGCUGAGGCGCUUCUCCCGGAGCCGGUCAUGAACGGAUCGGCGGACGGUGAAGUGGACUACAAGAAGAAAUACCGAAAUCUGAAGCGAAAACUCAAAUUCCUCAUCUACGAACACGAGUGCUUCCAGGAGGAACUGAGGAAGGCGCAGAGGAAAUUGCUGAAGGUGUCCCGGGACAAGAGUUUCCUCCUAGACCGACUUCUCCAGUACGAGAACGUGGAUGAAGACUCUUCUGACUCUGAUGCCACUGCAUCUUCAGACAACAGCGAGACAGAGGGGACACCCAAGUUGUCAGACACACCUGCCCCUAAGAGGAAGAGAAGCCCUCCACUGGGGGGCACUCCCUCCCCCUCCAGCCUCUCCCUGCCUCCUUCAACAGGGUUUCCCCUUCAGGCCUCAAGGGCCCCCUCCCCAUACCUGAGCUCGCUGGCUUCCCCCACCUACCCCCCAUUCCCUUCUGACUACCUGGCCCUGCAGCUGCCCGAGCCCAGCCCCCUGAGGCCCAAGCGGGAGAAACGGCCCCGCCUGCCCCGGAAACUCAAGGUCUCAGAUUGUGUGUGUAUGAAGGGAGUGAUCAGACCACAUGUAAUCAUCAAGAAUUGUGGAGCGCCUCCUGUGUACCAAGCACUAUUCUAGGUGCUGCAGGUAGAGUAGUGAACACAACAAAAAUCCCUACCUUCUCAGAGCCCACGUUCUUGAAGGGAUAGGCAGAAAAUAAACAAGAUAAAUAGGUCACAAUGUAGAAAAAUGGAUUCAGGUAAAGAAUCCAUCUUACAGUUGGGUGGUCAGAGAUUUAAAAGGGAAUGAGCAGCAGCCCUUUGGCUGUCUUGAAAGUGUUUCAUUUAGGAAGGAAGUCAGUGUGGUCAGAGCUGAGUGAGAAAGAGUGACCAGAGUGCAAGUCAGAGCAGCACCUGAGAGCCAAGGACGUGGAGGGCCUCAGAGGUGCUAUAAAGAUUUGCACUUGUCCUGUGAGUGAAAUGGGAGCCACGGGAGAAGGCGGGCCUAGUGGGUUCUCAUCUGACUGACAUGUUAAGAACAUUGCUUGACACUGCUGUGAAUAGUCUAGGGGUUAGGGGCAAGGUCAGGAUGGAAGUGGGGAGACCAGUGAAGAGGCUGCUGCAGUCAUUGAAGCAGCAUGGAGAAGGGUAGAAGUCGAUGAUGGGUCUCUUUGAGAGAACGAGCCCUGGGAAGACCCGUGUGGGCUAUGAGAGAGAGGGGCGUGGACAGUGACUCCAGGUGGUUUGGCCUGAGCAGCUGAAGAAGUGGAGUGGCCCUUCUGAGUUGGGGAGGACUGUGGGAGGAGCAGGCUUGGGAGGGAAGGUGAGUUUGGCUUUGGACAUGUUGAGAUGCUGUCUGGAAAUGUGGACAGGACAACUGGGUAGUGUGAGCCUGGGCCACAUGAGGUGCCUAUUUGGAAGUCAUGGGCAGGGAGGUAGAUGGAGAGAAGUUGGCACCUUGAGUGCCAGGAGAGAUGAGGACCCGGAAGGCACAGUGCCCUUCCAGCUCUGAGCCAAAGUGAUAUAGGGACUGGUGUGAUGGCUCUCCUUUGGGUAGACUGUAGACUCGAGACUCUGGAGCCAGAAGUGAAAUGGGAACCAUGCUUGUGGUAGUCAGGAGUGUGGCUUCUGGAGUUUGAACCCCAGCCCUGCCACUUACUUCUGUAUGACCUUGGCCUUUGAGCCUGGAGAAUGAGUGACUGCCCAGCUUGUUUCACUCUCCUCAGCAGGGUUUUUGCUUCUUGUGUGUGGGGCGGGCUGGUGGAGAGGGCUCGGGCCACUGAAACCUGGAGCCAGAGGGUGAAGGCAUGGUGCAGGCUUGGCAUUUUGAGGCUUUGAGGUUCUGGGUCCUAAAGCAGAGAUGUGUCAGGAAGCUACAUUCUAGACAUGCAGGGCAGAGGGGCCCAGAUGGAUCAC